AUGGCAAGAGGCCCGUCUGUCAGAAUCGUCGAAGUUGGUCCCAGAGAUGGACUGCAGAACAUCAAAAAGGCCGUCCCUCUUGAGGUCAAGGUCGAACUGAUCAAUCGACUUAGUGAUGCCGGGACUAAAUAUAUGGAACCGACCUCAAUCGUGUCACCCAGGGCGAUCCCUCAACUCCAAGAUAACCAAGCAUUACUGUCGGCGCCAUCGAUCAGAAGGUUGAUUCAACGUCCAGACACAAGAUAUCCUGUCCUGGUCCCGAAUCUGAAAGGUCUUGAAAUCGCGAAAACGCUCGGAGUCAAGGAAAUCUGUGUGUUCAUCAGUGCCACAGAAGGGUUCAGCAGAGCGAAUAUCAAUUGCACCGUGGCGGAAGGUCUGCAGAGAGCGAAGGAGGUCACUGAGACCGCAAUUCGGUCGGGAAUCUCAGUGCGAGGUGCCGUUUCCUGCAUCUUCUCGGAUCCAUAUGACGGCCCUACAGAUCCGGCAGCAGUUCUGAACACCGUGAGUAGUCUUUUGUCCUAUGGCUGUUACGAAGUCCUCCUUGGUGACACCGUCGGCGUUGGAUGCCCCGAGGACGUUCGAAGAUUGCUCACGUACCUUAAAGAAGGGGGCGUCGACAUUGGAAAUCUUGCCGGCCAUUUUCACGACACGUAUGGACAAGCAGUAGCAAAUGCGUGGGCAGCCUACGAAUUUGGAAUCCGGACUUUCGACAGUGCGAUAUCAGGCUUGGGUGGCUGUCCUUUCGCACCGGGGGCUAAAGGCAAUGUUGCAACUGAAGAUCUUGUUUAUUCGUUCCAUAAAGCGGGUAUUCAGACUGGACUCGAUCUCUCGAAGCUAUCGGCAACUGGUGAAUGGAUUUCCAACGUCUUGCAAGGACCCAACAACAGCCGUGCUGGUCAGGCAAUCGCACGUAAGAGCGGCGGAGGCAGUGGUGUCUCCGUAAAUAUUCCCGCAAAGAAACUUCAAUGGCACUUCAUCGAACAGUCUCCAAACUUGGACAUUCUUCGAUCUGGAGUGAAUGUGAAGAUUGUGUUGCGACGACCUCGGAACGGCAAUGCGUUGACCUCCGAGAUGCUCACACAACUCCAAAGUUAUAUCCAGAAGGUGUCUUCCGACCAGUCCAUCGCACGUAUUAUCAUUACAGCGGAAGGGAAGUUCUUCUGCACGGGCAUGGACCUCAGCGACAAGGUUCAAGCAAAGCCAGCUAGACAGGAGAAGAAGAGUGACCAUGCAAUGUUCACGGAGCUCUUCGAAACCAUUUCCAAGGCGCCCCAGGUUACUAUUGCUGCCAUCAAUGGCCCCUGCUAUGCUGGUGGGAUCGGACUUGCCUUUGCCUGUGACAUUCGCAUUGCGGUGGAAACAGCGAGUUUGACUCUCAGUGAAGUUAAAUUAGGCCUAUGCCCGGCUAUUAUAUCCGAGUACCUCGUACGAGAAUGGGGUCCUUCAUUUACAAGGGAGGCUAUGCUGUCAGCGCGAUCUAUAAGCAUGACCGAGCUGAAAUCCAUCGGCGCCGUUCACGUUCUUGCAAAGGACGUCGCCGACUUAGACCACCAGCUGGAUUCAUAUUUGGUGAAUCUCAGGAAAGCAGCGCCCGGUGCUUCGACCCUGGUCAAGAGUGUCGUGGAGGUCGGUUGGUCGAACCCAGGGGGUCAGAGACAAAGAGACGCGAUCAAGGGCAUCUUUGAGGGGAUGAUGAAAUUGGGCUCAGAGUCUGAAAUUGGGCUGGGGGCAUUCCGGUCGAAGAAAGUCGUCGAUUGGGAUGCUUUGAAGGAGAAUGUGGCAAAACCCAAGCUAUGA